UAAACACGAAAUUCAUGAAUUUCUUUAUUUUUUGUAAAUUCUCUAAAAAAUAUCAGGAAAUUCUGUGAUUUAACGACGAUUUGCCGCCUGAACAACUCUAAAAAAGUCUCCAAAGUCUGAAAUCCGAGAAGAAAAUUGACAAAAAUUGAAGAAAAAUGAAAAAAUAAUUAAAAAAAAUUUAGAAUCAAAAUUUUUAGAAUAGUCGACGACAGUAAAUUCUAAGACGAGAGCUGUAAAAGCAACUUAAAGACUUUGUUGUGAUACUAAAUAAGAGCAAAAAAAUGGCUGGAAAAUUUAGACAGACGAAAUUUGAUCCAAUUAUGAUCAUCUCACAGAUUGCUGCGAUGCAAUGUCUGCUGUACCUGAGCGCUAUAGUGUUAAUGACAGUAAUUGAUGUGGUGUCUGGCGAGAAUUUCGUGUUGGAUCAGUUGUUUGAGUAUAGACAAGUGCACGUCUCCAACGCUGGCGUAAUUCUCACGUAUCUCGUAAACGCCCUUGUCGGCGCUUUACUCCUUUGGAUCGUCGUUCGCCGUACGAAACUCUGUCUCGACUUCAGCUUCACAUGGCAUCUGUUUCAUCUCAUCAUUUGUUGGUGGUACAGUCAAUCUUUCCCAACGACCUUCAGUUGGUGGCUUCUCAACAUUGCUUGUGCGACAUUGAUGUGCAUUACGGGCGAAUUUCUCUGCUUGAAAACUGAACUGCAGGAAAUUCCCGUUGGAUAUUUGAAAUUAACCGAAGUGUAACUCCUUCAUUUCCUUUGUUUCCAUGUAAAUAAUAUGAUUAAUUUAUGUCUUGUAAUUAAAAAAAAAUAAUUGUUAACAAAUUUCUACGGAAAAAUCCCUUUUUUUACUUCAUUACAAUAAUUUAUUUUU